CACCAUCUCGGAUGGCCUACCAGGAAUAUGAUAGCAAUCAAAACAACCUUCGAUAAUUUUUCAUGAGAUUCAUUAAGAUUCUCACUGCUAAUACAUCAAUCUUAAAUUUUUUUUCUUAGAGAUAAUCUGCUUAUUUGCUACGGAGUAUAUGUAUAAAUGUCGUGAAGCUAGGCCUCUCAGCAUUAGCCAAUCUGAGCUCCAACAGCUGGUUUGGCCAGAUAAUGGACAUCAGGACACUGUGCCCAAUCUUCAUCUUCCUCCUCCUCAUCCUCAAACUCAUCAGGGCAAAGUCGUCGUCGGCGCUUCGCCUCCCGCCGGGGCCAUGGCAGCUGCCGCUCGUCGGCAGCCUGCACCACCUCCUCCUGUCGCGCUUCAUCAGCGGCCUGCUGCCUCACCAGGCACUGCGCGAGCUGUCCGCGGCGUACGGGCCGCUCAUGCUGCUCCGCUUCGGUUCCGUUCCGACGCUGGUGGUCUCCUCCGCCGAGGCCGCCAGGGAGGUGAUGCGGACGCACGACGUCGCCUUCUGCAGCCGCCACCUGAGCGCCACCCUCGACAUCAUCAGCUGCGGCGGCAAGGACAUCAUCUUCUCCCACUACAACGACCGCUGGCGCGAGCUCCGCAAGGUGUGCAUGCUCGAGCUCUUCAACCAGCGCCGCGUGCUCUCCUUCCGCCCCGUCCGGGAAGAGGAGGUGGCGCGCCUCCUCCGCUCCAUCUCCGGCGAGUGCGGCGGCGGCGGCCAACCCGUCAACCUCGGCGAGGCCAUCUGCCGCAUGAUAAACGACAUCGUCGUGCGCACGGCCAUCGGCGGGCGGUGCAGGUACCGAGACGAGUUCUUGCAUGAGCUCGAUGAGGCCGUGCGGCUCACCGGCGGGUUCAACCUGGCCGACCUGUACCCGUCCUCGCGGCUCGCUCGCCGGUUCAGCGCCGCCGCGAGGGACAUGGCAAGGUGCCAGAAGAACAUCUACCGGAUCAUCGAGAGCAUCAUCCAUGAGCGCGCAGUCACGCGGAUGCCGGAGCGAGAGGAAGACCUUCUGGGUCUUCUCUUGAGGCUGCAGAGGGAAGGUGGCCUGCAGUUUGAUCUCACCAACGAGAUAGUCAGCACCGUCAUUUUCGAUAUUUUUGCUGCCGGGAGUGAAACAUCAUCCACAGUACUAGUAUGGGCCAUGUCAGAGCUUGUAAAGAACCCACGAGUGUUGCAUAAGGCGCAGGCAGAGGUGAGGGAGACCUUCAGAGGACAGGAAAAGUUAACUGAAGACGACAUGGUCAAGCUAAGCUACCUCCAUUUGGUGAUCAAGGAGGCUCUACGGCUGCACGCUCCGGUGCCGUUCUUGCUCCCUCGGGAGUGCCGGCAGACAUGCCAGGUGAUGGGCUACGAUGUGCCCGAGGGAGCCAAGGUGUUUGUGAACGUUUGGGCAAUAGCAAGGGACGGCAAGUUCUGGGGCGAUGGCGAGGCGUUCAGGCCGGAGAGGUUCGAUGGUAGCAGCGUUGAUUUCAGGGGUAAUGACUUCGAGUUCACACCGUUUGGGGCAGGCAGGAGAAUCUGCCCUGGCAUCACGCACGGGCUGGCCAACAUGGAGCUGGUGCUCGCUAGCCUUCUUUACCACUUCGACUGGGAGCUGCCUGGAGACCUUGACAUGACUGAGGCCUUUGGUAUAACGUUGAGAAGGAAGUCCAAGCUCAUGCUGAAAGCCAAACCUUGCAUUGGCUUUGUACCAAAAUAAGUAGCUAGGUUCAUCUACGCUAUGAAAAAUAAUAUGACUAUAUAUCAAGCUAUGUUCUCCAUUUAUGCAUCUAGUCGAUGAAUUAUAAUUACAAUUAUGCUAGCACUUUGUAGCGCUAGACAAGAAAUAUA